AUGAGAUUUCAAGACAAAGUGGUGGUUAUAACUGGGGCGAGCUCCGGCAUUGGAGCUGCAGCAGCCAAGCUUCUCGUAAAAGAGGGUGCAUCAGUGGUGCUAGUUGCCAGAAACCAGGAGAAAUUAGCAAACGUUGAAAAACAAUGUGCGGCCAUUGGGAAGUCGCCGCUCGUCAUUCGCGCCGAUGUUGCCAACGAAAAGGACGCUAAAAGAAUAAUCGACGAAACCAUCGACAAAUACGGAAAAUUGGAUAUACUCGUCAACAACGCCGGUAUCUUUAGAUUCGAUCUUGUCCUUAGUGACACACUCAUGAAGAGCUUUGAUGAGAUAAUGAACGUCAACCUCCGUGCUGCAGUUCUCAUCACAAGUUUGGCGUCUCCUCACCUUAUUAAAACCAAAGGGAAUAUUAUCAACAUUUCAAGUAGUUUGGGCCAAGUAAUCAAAAUGAAUAAUUGCAUUUCAUAUGCUACAUCGAAAGCAGCUUUAGAUCAUUUUACUAGGGGUGCCGCUUUAGAACUAUCCGCUCAUGGUGUCAGAGUAAAUGCAAUAAGUCCAGGACCAGUGAGGACGGAUAUCAUGGAGAAUGCUGGUAUAGCGACGUCCUGGGAUGAUUCGAGCACUUUUACUGCUUUAAACAGAGUGUCUGAACCGGAGGAAGUUGCGGAUUUGAUUGCGUUCUUGGCAAGUGACGCUGCAAAAGGAAUCACUGGAUCGAAUUACGCAAUUGAAAAUGGUGCAUCUUUAAAGUGA